UCGCCGGCCGCCCGGGCGCCGCAGCGGCUGAGGUCGCUGGGAUCGCCGGGCCGUGGUCGUCCCCCUGCAUGCCCGGUGCUCGGGUCGCUGCCCAUCUGGACGCUCUGGGCCCCUUGGUCUCCUACGUGCAGCCUCCGCUGCUGCCCUCUAUGUUCUACGUGGGCCUGUUCUUCGUCAACGUGCUGAUCCUCUACUACGCCUUCCUCAUGGAGUACAUCGUCCUCAACGUGGGCCUCGUCUUCCUGCCCGAGGACUUGGACCAGGCGCUCGUGGACCUCGGCGUACUCUCCGACCCCGGCUCUGGCCUCUACGAUGCUGACUCGGAACUCGAAGUCUUCGAUGGGUACUUGGAGUAAGCUCUUCACUUCUGUUCCCCGCCUCUCUCCUCCACGAGCCUCAACCUUAACCCUCGGCCUGGACCAGCUGCCCAGAUCAUGCCAACGGUCCUAGUUCGGGGGCACCACCCGGACCGAGAUGGGACCCCAGGAGGAGGCCUGCUUGCUGCCCUCGAAAGCUUCAUGCCAACAGACAGAGUCCUGUCUCAUCCCAAAAGUGUGCAAGAAGAGAUGGAGACCAAGUGCCAAGGCAAGGAAGGCAGCUGGCCCCGCCCGAGGGGGAAGGCCAUGGGAACCCAAAGACCUCUCCCACCACUCAGCACUCAGACGUCCCGGCCUUGGCUGGUGACAGUCCACUGUUUGUAGGAGCCCUGCACUCCCCGACUGCACCUGCCUCCCUCACUUAACCUCCGAAGAGGACACGGCGAGCCGGAUGCGGGAUGCAGCGAGAGACGCACAAGCCCCUGACCCCAGGGCCCUGCAAUCCUGGUUGAGCCUUAAGCUAGGCUAGGCUCUGCGCGAGACUGGUCUAAGUCACUGUUUUCAGGGAGUCCCUCAGAAGCCGAGGGACAUGCCAGUAGCCCAGGGCGGGGCUUGACCUCACCAGGUUGGCAGAACUGCUAGGCCACAUACUGGAAAGGCAUGUUGCUGCUCUGGCCAGAAAUCUAUUUUUGAAAGUGUGAGUGGUGUGAAUACUUGAUUUCCAUAGUUCUGUAUGUAAAAGCAAUACCGAGAGGCUGAUUUAUUUCCAUUAAAAAAAAAAAAAUGUAUGCAACUCCAAGCCCUCAGGACU